AUGUUUGGAAAUAAUUCUGAAAAAGAAGAAAAUGAUAUUCCAAUAAAAAUUCGUCUUUGGUGUUUUCCUUUUAUUCAAAAUAAUAAUUGUCAAUUAGAAUUUAAAUUAAAACAAAUUGAUGAAAGAUAUUAUGCUAAAAUAAAUUCAACAGAAAAUGAAGAAGAAUCAAAUGAUGAAAAUUCAAAUAUUGGAGAACAACAAUUAUUAUUUUCUACAAAUUUUUGUAAUUGGUUUAGUGAAUGUAUUGAAAGGUUUUAUAUAAAAAAUAAAAUGAAUAAUGACAAAAAAAUUAAAAUGGACAAAUUUGUUAAUUUAUUAAAUAAAAAAUUGAAAAAUAAUUUGGAUUUGCCUGAUGAAGCUAAAUUAAUUUUGUUUGGUUCGGCAAUUUCUGGUUUUGGAAGUAAUGACUGUGAUUUGGAUAUUUGUUUAAUUAAUUGUGGAAUUGAUUCUUCUUUAAAUCCUUCAAUAUUUAUUGAUAUAAGAUUAAAUAUUUUAACUGAAAUAGGCAGUUUAUUACGAAAAGAUGAUGAAUUUGGAGACGUAAUUUUACUUGGACACGCCAGAACGCCUAUUCUCAAAUUUAAACAUUUACCAACAAAUUUUAAUUGCGAGUGGUAUUUGUAUUGAACAUCAAUUAGCAAUACACAAUUCAGAAUUAUUAAAAUUAUAUCAAGAAUUUGAUGAAAGAGUAGCCCCUUUGGGGUUUGCAAUAAAAUGUUGGGCAAAACUUUAUGGAAUAAAUGAUGCAUCAAAAGGAUCUAUAUCUUCAUAUGCUUAUAUUAUAAUGCUUAUUUAUUAUCUUCAACGUUGUUCUCCUCCAAUACUUCCUUUUCUUCAACAAGAAGAAAAAGAAGAAGACAAUAAUUCUU